AAGAGAACAAGAAAAAGAAAACAAGUUCCUCAAAGCCAGUAUCUGAGCCAGUGGCUCCACCCACUUUUGCUCCAGCCCCGCCUACAACAAUUCCAUCAGCCCCGCCCUCUUCCUUGUAUGGCCCAAUAUACGCUGACUUGGACUUUUCUCAGGCCACACCUACUACUAGCACCGUGCCUGCUCCAAAGACAACUGAUAAAGGAAUAACUGAAUUUGAGCAAUACAGCUCACGUGGACAGCAGCAAAGGACUGGAAAUACCUCACAUACACAACUUCAACAACAACAGCCAGCACCUCAGGUCAAUGGUGCGUCUCCACUUUGCUCUACUCUCAAUCGCCUCAUUGAUCAGUUCAAUCAGAGGAUGGAGAACGUCUCUGGAAAAGGAUUGAGCAUCGCGACCGAUCAGGCCAUCCUUUCCCUUCAUCAAGACCUCACUGCUCUACACAUUCAACUCCUCCAGCAAAUAGACGAAACACAAGAGAAGAAAUCUGAUCAAGAGAGGUUCCUCCACAAGUUAGAAGAGUCCAAAGAAGCCAGGAUCACUUUUGAUACGAUGAAGAGGCGACACGAUGAGCAGCUACUCCAGCAGGAGAGGGAGCAGCAAGCACUGGCUCAAAUGCAAGUACAAAUGAAACUUGCUUUGCUCAGGCAACAGAAAGCAGAGCAAAUGGCGUACGGUCAGUCAAUGCAGUCCGAGAGACUAAACCGUUUGAGUAAUCAAAGAGCCGAAUAUGAGAAAACACUUGCAAUUCAGAGAGAAAACGAGCGAUUGAAACUAAUAACACUGGAAGAGCAGGUAUACAAGCAACAGUUUGGAGGAGUGGGCGGAGGCACUGUUGGCAUGGAAACAGCUCCCUAUGGUGCUCCUCCUCCUUCUCUAUAUAAUGCCCCUCCUCCUUCAAUGGCUCCGCCUCCCCCUGUGGAGCCUUAUGGAGCUCCUGGAACAAGUUACGCAGGACCUCUACCACCUAAAGUUGAUCCACCAACUUAUCAACCAAUCUCAGGCUAUCAGCAACUCCCAGUAUCAGCCUAUUCUCAUCCUCCACCCACUCAACCUGGUCCUCCGCCCACACACUAUCAGCCCCCUACUCUUUACCAGCCACCUGAUCUCGGCCCCCCUCCUCCUAAUUAUUCUUAUUCUUCUCCAUAUGGGGCUCCUCCCAGUAUGGCUCCAUCUACUCUAGCAGCUCCACCAUAUGGUCCUUCUUCAUCCACUGAGGUUCCUUUGUUCCAGCCAAAUGAGGGGUUCCCUCCUUCAGAGAUCCAGCGUGUUCCUUCAGUUCCUCCUCUCAUUUCAUUUGAUUAAAGAAGAGACUCUGCUUUUGUUCAUUAGC